AUGAUGGCGUGGGUGUCGACCUCGGAGGACCUAGAGGGCGGAGGCACCGAGUUUCCGCUGCUGCCGGCGCCCGUGCGGCCCGCCGCGGAGGUGGUGGAGGAUGGUCAGGACGCGGCAGCGGCGGCGGCGGCGGCAGCGGCAGCGGCGGCGGCAGCGGCAGCGGCGGUAGCACCCACGGCGGAGGAGAAGUUUUGGUGUCGCUUCUGGAGUGUGGGGAGGACGGCAGGGUUUAGCGGCGAGGCGGAACCCCAGGUUGUCCCUCAACGAGAGACUCAUCGUUAUUUCGUCUACAACCACGCCUCUCUCGCUGGCCAACAGACGCUCUUUGCGCAGCUAUGGAAGGAGUACAGCCUCUCUGAUUCGAGGUACCUCACCUCGGAUCCCUUCAUGAUCUCGGUCGAGACCAUUACGGUGCUUGUGUGGGGGCCUCUGUGCUUCUUCUCGGCCUGGUGCAUCAUACGAGAUAGCACUAUCCGACACCCAGUCCAGAUGAUGGUCUGCAUGGGCCAUCUCUAUGGCGUGGCCCUCUACUAUGCCACCAGCACUGCCGAGCAGUACUACCAUGGUAACGCCCACAGCAGGCCCGAGCCGCAAUACUUUUGGCUCUACUACGUGGGAUUCAACUUACCAUGGGCCAUUAUCCCGAGUAGUGAGUACACGCUUCGUUCGCCUCGCUUGAACUCCCCCACCCCCACCCCUUCUAAGGAACUCGUGUUAACCUGCCUAUCAGUUCUCCUGCUGCGAAGCAUUCGUGCUAUGAGGGCGGCCUUCGCCAUGUUGGGCAGAGUCCAGGGUCUGCUGACUGAGCUUCGGGGUAAUAUCCACGAUAUCAAACAGCGCGAUCACUCGGAAGGGGACGUUGCUACAGCCAACAGCGACGAGGAUGAUGUGUCUAGUUAG